UGACGAGGCUGAGAGAGACACAGGGGUUGGACGGACGAGCAAUCAGUCAUAUUCCACACAGUUGAACAGUUGGGAGCUGGUUAGAAAAAAGGGAUUGGAUUCCCAGCCCCCUCCCGAAAAAAAAAAAAAAAUGUCAUAGCAAAAAUAUAAAUAUUAACAGCCUAUUAUUGUUAGCAAGCCGCUGCAGAUGCAAGACAUUGCGACAGAGCCGUGGACGACACUGAACAACAAGCCGUUGCCAACCCCAAGUGGAAAGUACAGAUUUGUUUCGGAUUAAAAUUAAUGGGACCAGCUGGGCCUCGAUUCUGAAAGCAAGGGACCCUGCGUUGCCUCCAGUCAUAACAAGUACAGCAGAUCUAGAACAAUGCAGGAUUUACUUUGAUUGUGCACGUCCGAGAUGUUCUUUUCUCACCACGUCUAGAUACACCCUUUCCCCCCAGUUCUCGUAAGGCUUUGCGCUCAUCGGGUCUUUUCGUGCAAGUGGAAUUGUCGCGGUUUUUGUUGCUGAAACAUGUCAGCGAAGGUGAGGCUGAAGAAGUUGGAGCAGCUUCUCUUGGAUGGUCAUUUGAAGAAUGAAAGUUCUCUCAGCGUAGAGACGCUCUUGGAUAUUUUGAUCUGUUUGUAUAACGAAUGCAGCAAUUCGCCCCUCAGAAGAGAGAAGAAUGUGUCCGAGUUUCUGGAAUGGGUGAAACCUUUCACAACCGCAGUGAAGGAGAUGAGACUCCAUAGAGAUGACUUUGAAAUGCUGAAGGUUAUUGGCAGAGGAGCAUUCGGCGAGGUUGCAGUUGUGAAAAUGAAGAACACAGAGCGGGUCUAUGCAAUGAAAAUCCUGAACAAAUGGGAAAUGUUGAAACGAGCUGAAACUGCCUGUUUUCGUGAGGAGCGCAAUGUUUUAGUGAAUGGAGAUUGCCAGUGGAUCACCACGUUGCACUAUGCCUUCCAGGAUGAUAACUAUUUGUAUUUAGUGAUGGAUUACUACGUCGGAGGAGACCUGCUGACAUUACUCAGCAAGUUUGAAGAUCGGCUGCCUGAAGACAUGGCCAAGUUUUACCUGGCAGAAAUGGUUCUGGCCAUUCAUUCCAUUCACCAGCAUCAUUAUGUGCACAGAGAUAUAAAACCAGAUAACGUUCUUCUUGAUAUGAAUGGGCAUAUCCGCCUGGCUGACUUUGGCUCCUGCUUGAAGAUGAUGGAUGAUGGGACAGUAAAGUCCUCGGUGGCGGUGGGCACUCCUGACUACAUCUCCCCGGAGAUCCUGCAGGCUAUGGAAGACGGGAUGGGGAAGUACGGGCCGGAGUGUGACUGGUGGUCUCUGGGCGUGUGCAUGUAUGAAAUGCUUUAUGGAGAGACGCCGUUCUACGCAGAAUCGCUGGUAGAAACAUACGGGAAGAUUAUGAAUCAUGAAGAGCGCUUCCAGUUCCCAUCUCACAUCCCUGACGUCUCCGAGGAGGCCAAGGACCUGAUCCAGCGGCUCAUCUGCAGCAGGGAACGGCGGCUGGGCCAGAGCGGGAUGGAAGACUUCAAGCAGCACCCCUUCUUUGCUGGGAUUGACUGGGACAACAUUCGAAACACAGAGGCCCCCUACAUCCCGGACGUCAGCAGCCCCUCGGACACAUCCAACUUCGACGUGGACGACGACGUUCUGAAGAACCCGGAUGUCGUGCCACCAGGGUCUCAUACUGGCUUUACUGGACUACACUUACCUUUUGUAGGUUUUACAUACACCACUGAAAGCUGCUUCUCUGACAGAGGCUGUUUAAGGAGAGUCCUGCACUGGGACGGUGCCGAUUCGGAGGGGGGCGUGCAGAGAGGCCUGGGGAACAGCGUGCAGGUGGAGGGGUACGAAAGGAGGAUCAAGAGGCUGGAGCAGGAGAAGCUGGAGCUCAGCCACAAACUGCAAGAAUCUACACAAGCUGUACAGUCGCUUCACGGCUCAAGCCGAGGAUUAGGAACUGCAAAUAGAGAUAAGGAAAUGAAGAAACUCAAUGAAGAAAUAGAGAGACUGAAGAAGAAAUUAGCAGAUUCCGACCGGCUGGAACAUCGGCUAGAGGAAGCCGUAACUCUUCGGCAGGAAUUCGAAAGCUCUUCGGGGAAGAUGAAAGCGCUUGACAAGCAGGUCAAAGCACUGAAACAGGAGAAAGAAGAGAUUCACAAGCAACUCGUGGAAUCCUUAGAGAGGCUGAAGUCUCAGACCAAGGAGCUGAAGGACGCCCACCAGCAGAGGAAGUUGGCCAUGCAGGAGUUCUCAGAGCUGAACGAGCGGAUGGCUGAGCUGCGCUCUCACAAGCAGAAGCUCUCGCGCCAGCUGCGUGACAAGGAGGAGGAGAUGGAGGUGGUCACACAGAAAUCCGACUCCAUGCGGCAGGAGAUCCGCAGGACAGAGAAGGCCCGAAAGGAGCUGGAAGCUCAGCUUGAAGACGCCACAGCUGAGGCAUCAAAGGAGCGCAAGUUGCGAGAGCACAGCGACAGCUACGCUAAACAGCUGGAGAGCGAGCUCGAGGCACUCAAGGUGAAGCAGGGGGGUCGGCUGGCUGGAGUGAAUCUGCACACACAGCAGGAGCUGUGCAAGAUCCGCUCAGAGCUGGAUAAGAAGAUCCUGUUCUAUGAGGAGGAGCUGGUGAGACGGGAGACCUCCCACAGCACGGAGUUGAAGAACCUGAGGAAGGAGCUGCAGGACUCGGAGGGGCAGCAGCUCACCCUGAACAAAGAGCUCCUGAUGCUGAAGGACAAGCUGGAGAAGGCAAGAAGGGACAGGCAAAGCGAGAUGGAGGAGGCUGUUGGGACAUUGAAAGACAAGUAUGAGAGGGAGCGGACCAUGCUGACUGAAGAUAACAAGAAAUUAACAAGCGAGACGGACAGGCUCUGCUCCUUUGUGGAUAAGCUGACUGCCCAGAAUAGGCAGCUGGAAGACGAGCUUCAGGACCUGGCCGCUAAGAAGGAGUCAGUCGCCCAUUGGGAAGCUCAGAUUGCAGAGAUCAUACAGUGGGUGAGUGAUGAGAAGGAUGCCAGGGGAUACCUGCAAGCUUUAACCUCCAAGAUGACAGAGGAGUUGGAAUCUCUGCGCAGCUCUAAUCUGGGCUCCAGGACUCUGCAGAGUACAACAGUAAACAGUCCAUUUCAGAGGUCUUUGAUCCCAAACGUUGGAGAUAAGUUGGACCCCCUUUGGAAAGUCCGGCGCAGCCAGAAGCUCGAUAUGUCUGCCCGGCUGGAGCUGCAGUCUGCUCUGGAUGCAGAGAUUCGUGCCAAACAGCUGGUACAGGAAGAGUUGAGAAAUGUCAAAGCUGCCAACAUCUCCUUUGAGAGCAAACUGAAGGAGUCCGAGGCAAGGAGUCAGGAGAUGCAGGAGAAGCUGGAGAUUAUGAAGAAGGAUCUGGAGGAGAGCAGAUUCAGGACAGACAAAGGGUUGAAGCUCCCGGACUUUCAGGACUCCAUCUUCGAAUACUUCAACACUUCUCCUCUUGCUCAUGACUUAACAUUCAGAGAUUCUGUCUCAUCUGCGUCCUCUCUGCAAGCGUUUUGGGAUGAAACCAGCUCCAUUACUGACCUUGACACAUCGCUGCAAAAGCCUGAAGUCUCCCCCACCCUUUGUGUGUCGACAGCACAAGAUGAGCCAGUUAAGCCACCGCAAGCUGCUCCUGCUGCUGCUUCCCCUGUUUACCAGUCGACGUCGUUGAGUUUACCAAAGCCUAAAGCCCAUGAGCUCAGUAUCAAGACGUUCUCCAGUCCCACCCAGUGCACCCACUGCACCUCCCUGAUGGUGGGGUUAAUGCGCCAGGGCUACGCCUGCGAUGUGUGUUCCUUCAUCUGCCACGUGUCCUGUAGAGACAAUGCCCCCCUGGUCUGCCCAAUCCCUCCAGAGCAAGCCAAGAGACCCCUGGGGAUCGAUGUGCAGAGAGGCAUAGGCACAGCUUACAAGGGCUACGUCAGGAUCCCGAAGCCCACUGGAGUGAAGAAAGGCUGGCAGCGUGCUUAUGCCGUGGUGUGUGACUGUAAACUCUUUCUGUACGAUGUGCCUGAAGGGAAGUCGACUCAGCCUGGAGUUGUAGCUAGCCAAGUCCUGGAUCUCAGAGAUGAAGAGUUUUCUGUGAGCUCCGUGCUGGCAUCGGAUGUGAUCCAUGCAACUCGAAAGGAUGUGCCGUGUAUAUUCAGGGUGACGUCGUCUCUCCUGAGCUCCCCCCCCAAGACCUGCUCCCUCCUGGUUCUGGCUGAGAGCGAGGCAGAGAAGAGGAAAUGGGUUGGAAUCCUUGAAGGGCUGCAGAACAUCCUGAACAAGAACCAGCUGAGGAAUAGGGUGGUGCAUAUUCCACAAGAAGCCUACGAUAGCACACUGCCUGCUAUCAAAGUGACCUUGUCUGCUGCUAUUGUAGACCGCGAGCGAAUCGCACUUGGCACGGAGGACGGUCUGUAUGUUGUGGAAGUCACAAGAGAUGUGAUCGUGCGAGCUGCUGACUGCAAGAAGGUGCACCAGAUCGAGCUGAUUCCCAAAGAGAAGAUCAUUGUCCUGGUGUGUGGCCGGAGCCACCAUGUCCACCUGCUCCCCUGGGCUGCCCUGGACGGAGGCGACACCAACUUCGACAUCAAGCUCCCUGACACCAAGGGCUGCCAGGCUCUCAUCACGGGCACCCUGCGGCCAGGCGGGCCCACCUGUCUGCUGGUGGCAGUGAAGAGGCAGGUGCAGUGCUACGAGAUCAGCAGAACCAAACCCCAUCACAGGAAGCUGUGCGAGGUGCAGGCCCCGGGCAGCGUGCAGUGCAUGACCCUGCUGAGAGGGCGGCUAUGUGUGGGCUACCCCUCGGGAUUCUCCCUGCUCAGUGUCCAGGGGGAGGGUCCCACCACCAGCCUGGUGAACCCCGGCGAUGGCUCGCUGGCCUUCCUGGGACAGCAGCCCCUGGACGCUCUGCUCACCGUGGAGGUCGGGCCGGAGGAGAACCUGCUCUGCUUCAGCCAGCUGGGCGUUUACGUGGACCUGCAGGGGAGGAGGUCGCGCACACAGGAGCUCAUGUGGCCAGCCACGCCUCUGGCUUGCAGCUCCUCCUCCUCCUACCUGACAGUGUACACUGAGUAUGGGCUGGAUGUCUUCGAUGUGAACAGCAUGGAGUGGAUCCAGACCAUUGCUCUCACCAAGAUCCGCCCGCUGAAUGUGCCGGGGACUCUGAACCUGCUCGGCUCGGAGCAGCCCAGACUCAUAUACUUCAGCAGCAGAUAUUCAGAAGCUGCUGACUUUGCCGUGCCGGAGACCUCUGAUAACAGCAAGAAGCAAAUGGUGCGAACCCGGAGCAAGAGGAGGUUUGUGUUCAAAGUGCCAGAGGAGGAGAGGCUGCAGCAGCGCAGGGAGAUGCUGAGAGACCCGGGACUGAGGUCCAAGAUGAUCUCCAACCCAAUAAACUUCAAUCACGUGGCUCACAUGGGGCCAGGCGAUGGGAUGCAAGUGCUCAUGGAUCUCCCAUUGCAGAAUGAAUUUCCUUCCCCCUCAUCCUCUCGACACCAUGCUUUGAUAUCUCCUCCAACCAACUUUGAGCACGUCUAUCACAUGAGCCCUAUUUGUGCUGAAAUCUAUCUUCAGAAAGAUCAUUCCUCACUGCAAGGCCUCCCACUGCUCUCCUCCUCUUCCUCUCCCUCCACCGCUUCCUUAGCAAGGAGCGUGUUGCCACCAUCGCAGGAGGAGCUGUGCAGAGAGAGACCUCGGCCCGUCUCAUCCAGCAUGUCCCGCCAGCAUCAACACAGCAGGAGCAAAACCUACAUUACCCACACCGCUUCGGGAGGGGGUGAAUUCGGCGGUGCCGUGUCCUGCUCAUCCCGAAGCAUCUCCGACCCUGACCAGGAUUUCGAGAAAGAGCCGGACUCGGGUUCAACGAAGCACUCAACCCCUUCCAACAGCUCCAAUCCGAGCAGCCCCCCAAGCCCCAACUCCCUACACAGGAGCCAGCUGACUCUGGACGGCCUGGAUCACUCCACCUUCGACGUGUGAGGCAGAAGGGGCCGUCUCUCAGAUGCAUCCCACUGCCAGCGCUCUGCAGAAACACACGAUGCUUACAAGACAGCAAGCAUCCACACUGCUCCACUUGAACUUGUAUUGCUGCAAGAAAGUGCCAAGAAUACAUGGAAUAUUUAGUUUUUGUCUUUUGUUUAGUUUUCUCCUCUCUCUCUCUCUAUCCCCUGUUGAUUUUGAUCAACAUCCUGUAGUCCAUGUUCGUAGUACCUUUCUGUUAGCCUUGGUGCAGAGUGUCUCUGGAGCAAACAAAUCCAUGCUAGGAGAGUUGUGGAGCAGCUCUUGACAGCAGAAUCCUAAACGUUGCAUUCAUCAUGGAGGGAGUGAGAAGUUAGUCAUUGCAAUGUUUUUUUUUCUUGCUGUGAAGAAAAGAACCUGCCAAACUGCUGUAUCCAGUGUUGUGAGCAUUGCAGGAGGUAGAAGCAAAAGCCUUCUACUGCUUGUCUCGUCUUCACACUUGAAACAGACAGUGAUGAGCCAGUCUCUCUCCAAGCUGUUUACUGGAAUCACCUGCAACACUUGAGCUGCAGUGUAAUUACGGGCUAAAGAAAGACCCGUCCAUUGGGCUGGUUAAUAACAUUACAGGCUAAAGAAAGACCCGUCCAUUGGGCUGGUUAAUAACACUACAGGCUAAAGAAAGACCCGUCCAUUGGGCUGGUUAAUAACAUUACAGGCUAAAGAAAGACCCGUCCAUUGGGCUGGUUAAUAACACUACAGGCUAAAGAAAGACCCGUCCAUUGGGCUGGUUAAUAACACUACAGGCUAAAGAAAGACCCGUCCAUUGGGCUGGUUAAUAACAUUACAGGCUAAAGAAAGACCCGUCCAUUGGGCUGGUUAAUAACACUACAGGCUAAAGAAAGACCCGUCCAUUGGGCUGGUUAAUAACACUACAGGCUAAAGAAAGACCCGUCCAUUGGGCUGGUUAAUAACACUACAGGCUAAAGAAAGACGCGUCCAUUGGGCUGGUUAAUAACACUACAGGCUAAAGAAAGACCCGUCCAUUGGGCUGGUUAAUAACAUUACAGGCUAAAGAAAGACCCGUCCAUUGGGCUGCUUCGGCUGGUUAAUAACAGGACAUCGUUCCAUUGCCUGUAAAUGCUAAAUUUAUACUUUUCAUUCGAAAGCUGUUUUGACUUGCAGAUUUCAGUUUGGCUAUUGGUCGAUUUCAAGUGUAAUAUAAACAAGUUAAUAAAUGAAUGUCAUUUCAUUCCGAUUUCACUUUUUAAAUGGCAUUGGCGGUGUUACUGUUUAGCAGCAGUUUCAUCGUAAAUAAAGAACACAGAAGUAUAGAACUCGCUGUAUCUCCAGAAAGCAGAUCGUUCAUGAAGUUUCUUACUUCUCUUAAAGGAAAUGGCCCCAGAGCCACGGAACAAAAGUGUUACUUUACAGGAAGUGACCUUCUCUGUAGACCAGUGCUAAUUUCAGAUCCCUGUCAUCAUUCCUAGUAGUUCAGCUUGUCUUUUACAAUGAAAACUAUUAAAAACCCUUUCAUGGCAUUUUUUGGAGUAUUCAGGCUUUAUGCAACACCAGUAGCCAUUACUGUGAAUAUAGUUUUCAGUAAUGUUUUUGUUAACAUGUUAAUCUUUUUAAAUGUUUGUUUUGUUGAUAUAAUCUACAGUGUAUAGCAAAAACUGUUCCUGGCAAGAUGUAAAAAUGCUUUAAAAAGUGAUGAUUUCACAAGACGAUCACAGCACCAUUUUCAUAGGAUUUAUUACAGACGCUGCUUUACAUUUUAUUUAAUUUGCUACAUGAAAAUAUACACACCACCCCCCCUUCUGUCUAUAGUGACACUGGCUUGUGUAUAUUUAACUCCUGUACACUGUGCAGUGGGACAGUCUUGUCUACACAGUGACGCUGGCUUGUGCAUAUUUAACUCCUGUACACUGCGCAGUGGAACAGUCUUGCAUACAAUGACGCUGGCUGGUGUAUAUUUAACUCCUGUACACUGCGCAGUGGGACAAUCUUGUCUACACAGUGACGCUGGCUUGUGCAUAUUUAACUCCUGUACACUGCGCAGUGGAACAGUCUUGCAUACAAUGACGCUGGCUGGUGUAUAUUUAACUCCUGUACACUGUGCAGUGGGACAGUCUUGUCUACACAGUGACGCUGGCUUGUGCAUAUUUAACUCCUGUACACUGCGCAGUGGAACAGUCUUGCAUACAAUGACGCUGGCUGGUGUAUAUUUAACUCCUGUACACUGUGCAGUGGGACAGUCUUGUCUACACAGUGACGCUGUAGACUUCCAUGCUAGGAUACGGGCAUGUCUGUGUUUCCUGUCUGAUUUGUAGGGUUGGUUAUUCAGUUAAGUGAUACAAAUCGUGCUUUGUCCUUUCAGAAGCGCUGUAUUGAACCUGCAUAUGGUGUUCGUUGAAGGAACCUGUUGCUUUCAUUUCAACUUUCAUGUUAUUUACCCAUCUGAAUGCAAGGUGCUUUUUUUUUUUUGGCCCUUUCCUGUUAAUUACAGGAUGCUCCGUUUUGAGUCUAAACACUGCUGCUUUCUUUCCUUUUUGUAUGUAAGUGGAAGUCUUUGUAAUUAUUGAAUUGAGCAGAUUCUGAACAGACAAUAAACAGGGAGUUAUUCAGUUGG